AAGAUUAAGAUUUGUGAGUGCUCCUCACUAGAGAAGCUUCGUUGGGUUUGCUCAUCAUCACCACAAGAUCAAGAAUGGUGAAGGAAACUGAAUAUUAUGAUGUUCUUGGUGUGAGUCCAUCGGCUUCCGAGGAGGAGAUUCGCAAGGCUUAUUAUCUCAAGGCAAGGCAAGUCCAUCCAGAUAAAAAUCCAAAUGAUCCUCAGGCUGCUGAAAGAUUUCAGGUACUUGGUGAAGCUUAUCAAGUUUUGAGUGAUCCAGUACAAAGAGAUGCAUAUGACAGAAAUGGAAAAUACAGCAUAUCUAGAGAUACCAUGCUUGAUCCCACAGCUGUCUUUGCUCUUCUCUUUGGAAGUGAAUUGUUCGAGGAUUACAUCGGACAUUUGGCUGUGGCAUCUAUGGCUUCUUCAGAGUUAGCUGGCGAAAGUGACAAUCCUGCAAAACUACAUGAAAAAUUGAAGGGUGUCCAGAGGGAAAGAGAAGAGAAGCUAGCAAGAUUUCUUAAAGAUUUUCUUAGUCAAUAUGUUCGAGGUGACAAAGAUGGAUUCUUAUGGCGUGCAGAAUCGGAAGCUAAACGGCUGACUGAUGCUGCUUUUGGACUGGAUAUAUUACACACUAUUGGCUACAUCUACUCAAGACAGGCAGCUCAAGAACUAGGAAAAAAGGCCAUUUAUCUCGGUGUCCCAUUUAUUGCCGAGUGGGUUCGCAAUAAGGGACACUUCUGGAAGUCACAGAUCACAGCUGCUAAAGGUGCUUGUCAAUUACUGCAACUUCAAGAAGACAUCCGAAAGCAAUUCAAAAUGGAUGGCAGUGGCCCUGAAAAUGAUCUCGAAUCACAUAUUCGCUUAAACAAAGAGACAUUGAUGAGCUCUGUGUGGAAGUUGAAUGUAGUUGAUAUUGAAGUAACCCUUCUACAUGUGUGCCAAAUGGUGCUAAAAGAAAACAAUGCUAAGAAGGAGGAACUCAGAGCUCGAGCUCUGGCUUUGAAAAUUCUAGGGAAGAUAUUUCAGGAAAAGCAAACGGAGAAUGCUGGAACAUCAAAGAAGAAAAAUGUUGCUGAUACAGAUGAUGAUGGAAAUACUUCUGACAGCAGCAGCGAAGAAGAAUCACCAAGAGCUCUUUCCUAUCGAACUCCUCUACUCACUCAGGGUAUUGGAAGACUCUUCAGAUGCCUGUGCAAUCCAGCAUUUGAUGUGGACGAUGAUGAAAUCGUGUAUAAAAGCAAAUGACGCAGAUGCAAAUGGGUAGCAUGAAUUGUACCAGA